CCACCUCACCAACCACCACUCGUACAGCGAAUCUAUCCAAGAUGGCUCCCAAGCAACAGCGCAUCCAAGUCGGAAAGGCCGAAGUCCGCCGCCCAGCACAGAAAGGCUACCUCAGCUCUACCUACCAAACAUUGACUUCGCCCGAGAACGCCAGCGUGGUUAGGAGCAUUGCAGUCUUUGGUGUCGCAGUUGCUUUUUUCUCGAGUUCAUGGAGCGAAUUCUUGUUGCCUCCUUUGUAAAGGAGCAUUAGUCUUAUGCGGCAUGGACUGGAUACGGAGGAAGGGAUGGCAGAUGUGCGAUCAUAAUCAAUAUUGGGAGGGAAGCUGUAUGAUAGUGAAAGAAAAGCCCGUCUUCAGGAACGACUGGAAUGAGAUGUUGACGGAAGUGUACAAAAUCGGCGGCCUCGGACGGAUGCAUCACAGGCGUUUACGUAUAUCAAUGGAUGGAUCUCAGCUUCUCACAAAAUUGCAGACUUUCUGUGGUUAAAUAACUCUUCAUAAAUUCAUUCGUGAGGAGAAUGGUGUACCUCCCAAUCAAUGAUCGUAUACAUGCAGUCAAUAGGCUGCUGAAUAUGUUACAC